UGGUUACUAAACCCACUCCGCCAUUUUGAGACCAAACCGGAACAAGAAGGAAACUUCGUCCAAACACUAAAUCCUGUUCGAAAUGUGAGCAGAGCCGGUGUAAUUCCAUCUAACACUUGCGCUUUUAUCCUAAAGGGACAAUGCAACACUAUAUCUAUCAGUAAGACGGUACUACGGUUUUCUUGCGUGCUGUUCAACCUGUAUUUGUGUGAAUCACAUUUAGAACACCUAUUUUAUAUCGUUGACUACCAAGUCAACAUUCUCCUGAGAAAGCAUGACAGACUUCACAGCCAUCAGCAGAUCUCAGGAAUACCUCAGCUUUAGGAGCACGGUUCCUCAUCGCAGGGUUGUUGUUGACAGUUCUGGAGAAAAGGAGUGGGCACUAUAUGAUGCUGGACCUCGGUCUGUUCGAUGUCCACUUAUUUGUCUUCCACCAGCUAGUGGUACUGCUGAUGUGUUCUUCAAACAGAUUCUGACAUUGUCCAGUUUGGGAUACCGGGUUAUAUCAGUUGAAUAUCCUGUGUAUUGGACAUACUCAGAGUGGACAGAUGGUUUCAGGAAGCUGUUGGACUUCUUACACCUUGACAAGGUUCAUCUGUUUGGGGCAUCUCUAGGUGGGUUCCUGGCGCAAAAGUUUUGUGAGAUGACUUGUAAAUCUCCUAGAGUGCACUCAAUCAUACUGUGUAAUGCAUUUUCUGAUACCUCAGUGUUUCAACAGACGGCUACAUCAUCAGCGUUUUGGAUGAUGCCAGCCUUUGUGCUGAAGAAGAUGAUAAUGAAUAAUUUCAACACUGACAUAGUUGAUGCGGACAUUGCUGACUCAAUUGACUUUAUGGUUGAGAGGUUGGAGAGCAUGGGGCGAAAUGAGCUGGCUUCUAGAUUAACACUAAACUGUGUUGACUCCUACGUUGAGCCCCAAAAGCUGCAUGAUGUCCCUAUUACUAUCAUAGAUGUUUUUGAUGACUGCGCCUUAUCCCAGCCAGUGAAGGACGAGUUGUACAAAUGCUAUCCAGAUGCCAAGAGAGCUCACCUCAAAUCUGGAGGGAACUUUCCCUAUCUCUGCCGUAGUGCUGAUGUUAACCUCUAUUUACAGAUUCACUUGCGCCAGUUCCUAGGCACACGGUACAGUGCCAUAGACUCCAAAUACUUGACAGAGGAAGAUCUGGAAGCUUGUAACCUUGUUUCUACUCCGUCUACUCUUACCUCCCCUGCUAAUUUGUAAUUAGGAAUUCAUGGUAGUUUCUUGGUGUUACGGAGCACCAGCACCAAAAACACAAUUGAAAAAAAGCCAAAAACAAAUACCUUAAAACGAGACAAUGGAAUAGAGUACAAAGGCCUUGAGCACCAAAAACAAAGCUCUCCGUAACACCAAGGAAUACCCGAAUUCAUGCAAUCAAACAAUGUAGCGUAGAAAAGGGAUUGUUAGUACUAAACCCACCCGUCCCCUACGAGGGGAGGGUGGAGGUAGAGAUGACAUAGGAUAUUUAGCUUGAGUACAGACUCUGGUAAGAUAAAACAGAGAGGGUGUUUAGGUAUAAAUGGCCUCGGAUUUUAAGGCAGACUGAAUAGGUGUGGGGUUCGGUCGACAAGUAUACGUACUGUGAAGAGAAUGGGGAGUGCAUAAACUUUGUAAUAUUAUGGGAAGAACGGAGAUGGCCUUAGCUUUGUGGUGGUGAGCGGGGAGGAAGGGUAUAGCUUCCGCCAACCAGGUCACUUUAAUAUGUGGAAUAACAUCACCAACAUGCGAUCUAAAGAUUACAUAUGUUACUGCGGAUUUCGGUAUUCUUCCGAAAUCCAACAGCUAAAUCGCCUCUUGGCUGCUGUAAUUUAAGAUACUUGGAGCGGUCUCAUUGGACUGAGAUGGUCUCCAACCAUGCAACUUCUCCGCAAGGCGCUAUAAAAAAGUGAUAUUGUAACCGUUAGUUCAAACUAAGAAAGAAAUUAUUGACAAGGAAUCGCAGCAACGGCGUAGCCAGGAUUUUUGACAGGAGGGUGGCCAAAAGGCCCUUUCGAGGCAUUUUCUCCUGUAUUUUAGACAAUGUCUCAUACAUUUAUUGUAUUUUUGGCUGCUAAAAGGGGGGGCCCGGGCCCCCUUGGCCACCCCCCUGGCUACGCCCCUGCGCAGUAACACAUCAAAAAGGCCAGACCGUGCGUAGCAAAUAUAAAGAGACUAUAGCAUUAUUUUUUUAGACGUAUUUUGAGAUUAAUGUCCAAGGUUUUUUUUUUUUACAGAUGCAAUACAUUAAUGUCAAUUCAAUGUCUUCUCUCUUACACCCUUCAAGGUGUAUAAUCGGUGGGCGUAUAGAAGAAUUCGACAAUUUGGGGUUGUCGUAAGAAAAUUUCUAAUUGUAUUUCAAUAUGAACUUGAAGAUUCAAAAUUUUCCAAAUUCUUGUUGACGAUGUAAAAUGGUCAAGAAAUAAUCGCUUAUUUUAUACUAUCUAUUUCAUAAAUGAUUUUUUUACAUAAUAUGUAGCACAGCGCCUAACUUCGAUAGAGGCGACUUGCACAAACAUGUUUACUAAACCUGUUGCUAGGUUAGUAAGCGGCUGUACAUAGGCUGUCACUCAAGUCACGUGAUUAGCUAGUGCAAGACGUCUAUUGCUAAGCACGCAAGAUUGUGUAAAUGAUGUUUGUAAUAAAGCGAUAAUUGAAUUAUA